GUCAGUCUGGGAUCUGGCCCCGGGGCUGAACGGCACACAGCGCGCAUCAUGGCAGCUACGCACGGCGAGUACAGAGGCUACCUGCGGAACACCGUGGACAUGGAGUCCGGGCAGCACCGCUUCCACCCGGGGCAGAGCUCGGAGCCCACCUACCGGCCGCUGCUGUUCGGGACCCUGGCUGUCAUGGGGCUGCUCCAGGUGGCGUCCAGCGUGGCGAUCUUAUUGCACCUGACCGGGUACCUGCAAGAGGUGGAUUUGUCCACGGCUCCACAUCGUCCCAUCGAGGAGGUGCAGACGGAGCCGGUGCUGAACGCUCUGAAAGACACGAGGAAAAAAGGACGCUGCAAAACCCCCAAGGAGAGUCUCCCCUCGGCUCACCUGCCCAUCAGGACGUACCAGGAGUACUCCAAGACAGAGAGCGAACAGGCCAUCACCAUCGACUGGGACGAGGAGCACGGCUACUGCCACAAGAUGAGCUACCAGAAGGGCAAGCUGCUGGUGAAGGAGCUGGGCUUCUACUACGUCUACGCCAAGACCUGCUUCCGCUACUACAAGCUGGCGCCCGAGGACAGCGGCGUCCCGCCCGGCGGCCCGGACGUCCGGAACACGCAGCUCAUCCAGUACGUGUACCGCGAGAGCAUCAAACAGAACAGCAAGGCCAUCAUGCUGAUGAAGACGGGCAGCACGGUGCGCCUGAACAGCACGAGCUACAACAUGUACUGCGCCCAGCAGGGCCGCGGCGUGCGGCUGGAGGAGGGCGACACCUUGUUUGUCAACGUGUCCAACGCGUGGAUGCUGGACCUGGAGGGGGAGGGGACGUACUUUGGGGCCAUCAAGCUGGGAAACUCCAACUGAAGAGGAGACGUGAGGGGCGGACAUGCUACUGAACAUUCCAUAUGCCAAAGAACCACUGUUAGUGAUUUACAAUGUACAAAGAGUGUGUGUGUGUUUUUUAUUGUACAUGUGUUAUUGUUGUUUUACAUUUGCUCUUCACCAAUCAGCCUUGGACUCCUUCAUGAGAACAUCUAAUGGAAACGUAAUCACCUCUUAGAACCCGUCUUACCACCUAGCCCCCCCCACCCCCCCACCCAGCCCCACCCACCCUCCCAGAAACGAAGACCUUCGUCCCAAAAUCACAGCACUGGACUUUUCUUUUCUCUUUAUUGUUUUGAGAGUUUUUGUUUUUUUACAGUUGUGCGGUUUGUGUUGAGACAUCUCAGUGCAGAUUACAACAUGUUUGUGCGCUAAUUAAACAAACCACAGGGGAGCGAGCGAGGAAGUGAAGUGUGUUGGCAGGAGAAGUGCAGUGAGAAAGGAUUUAUCAGUGUUUAUUGUUGGAAGAAGAACAUUUGUAGCUGAUGGAGCAUCUGCUUGUACUUAGCAGAUUAUCACAGGAUAAAAAUAACACAAGGUUCUGUAAGUGUGAGCGAGGCAGGGAGGCGUGACUCAGCAGCUGUUAGAUUCACCCGACGUCCAGGUGGGGGCGCUAUACGCAGCCGGGUUUUAGUCUGGAUGAGCAGAAACUGAGACGAUGGUUAUUUUCUGUCACGCUGAAGCCGUCGCUGAUUCGCCAGGCUCCUGUCACAUGACCAUCACGUGUCCAACACAACAUGGAGAAUCAAUCACAGGCGCUGCUGACCCUGUUGUCGUUGCUUACAGCUGUUGAAUAGUGUAUUCUACCAUGAUGCAACAGUUUUCAGGUGUUUCAGUGUGGACGCGGAUUCAAACUGAUUUAGAGACGAAGCGCUCGGGGAGAGGGAGACGCCGUCGUGUGGAUGUAGCCUUCGACUCUGACAUUUUUUUUUUUAAAGCAACACAAUCAGUUUAACAAGAAGAAAGUUGUGUGUUAGUUUGUCUGUGUGUGUGUUUGUGCGUGUGCUCCGGAGAGUUUUCUGUCUCUAAUGAAAUCUAACGAGUGGCCUGUUCUUUUCAAGUCAUUUUGAACUAAGGAGGAAAUGACACGUGUGUGUUUGUGUUGUGUUGUGUUGUGUUUGUGACGAUCACCACGCGAUGCAGAUAGCUGGCCUGUCUGACCACAGCUGACAUGAAUAGACUCUUCACUAGAGGAACCGAGUUGACUUUGGUUCAUCGUUAACUUAAAAUUCUGUUUUUCGUUUGGCUCUUCACGGAGGUAAACGGGAAUAUGCACUAAAUAUUUAUUUAUUAGCUCUAGAAGAACAGCGACGGGUCACUGGUACAGUGAGGCCGGGCUGCAGAAAAUCAUCUAUAUUUUAUGACAUCCAUUACGCAGCACUUAGAGGAAAUAGUAGACACGCUUUUUCUUAUUAAAACACAGGGGCUUCAUUUUAAAUUCCAUAUUUAUGUAUCUUGAUUUUGACAAUUCUGUGUGCACUCGCCUAGCCAAAAGCAAUAUGUAAGGAUAUGUUGCUUCUUCUACGAGAUUGUAGCAAACCUGUAAGACCUUCAUCUGAUUAUUGUUUUCCAUUCAGUGUUCAUUUUUAUUUAUGUGUGUGUACGUUCUAAUAAAAACAAAACUACUUUUGUAA